CUGUCCUCCUUCAUCAUGAAGAAUCCCAGACAUACCGCUUCCAUCUUUACAAUCUCAUUCUUGUUGUACUGUACUCAAGCUUUGCCCAGAACUGCCCCUCCCUUAGACCCAGGUCACCCCUUCCUAUUCAUGUGGAAUGCCCCCUCUGAGCUGUGCAAAGUCCGAUUUGGGAUGCCUCUGGACCUGUCCUACUUCCACCUCAUCAGCAGUACUUUGAAAUCCACCACGAACCAACCCAUCUCCAUAUUCUACACCGACCGAUUUGGCCUUUUCCCUUAUAUCAACGAAGACACCGGUGAAAUGUACGACUAUGGCUUACCACAGUUGGUCGAUUUGAAGGAACACCGAGAACUUGCAGAAGACAAUAUUGAAUACUACAUCCCAGUCGACAAACCCGGACUAGCCAUUUUGGAUUUUGAAGAGUGGAGGCCGCAGUGGAUUCGGAACUGGGGAAGCAAGAAUAUUUACAGAGAGUUUUCCAUUGAAACUGUUAAGAAAAAAAAUGCUUCUCUUACCGAUGACGAAGCUGAAGAUCGAGCCAAGAUAGUAUUUGAGCGUGCUGCGAAAAGAUACUUCCUCAGAUCGAUAAAUGUAGGGAAGAAGUUGAGACCCAAAAGACUAUGGGGUUACUAUCUGUAUCCUGAUUGCUAUAACUAUGAUUACAAUCAAGACAUGGUGGGUUAUACAGGGGAGUGUCCAGAGAUUGAGCAAGAGAGAAAUAAUAACCUUUUGUGGCUGUGGAAUGCAUCUACAGCACUGUUUCCAUCCAUUUAUUUAGAGGAGGUGUUAAGGGAUUCGAUGCAAGCGAGAAUGUUUGUGAGGCAUAGAGUAAAGGAGGCCAUGAGAGUGUCUAUGCUCCCAAACAGAACCUACUCCAUACCAGUUUACCCCUACAUACGACCUGUGUACAAGGACAGUGUGGAUCAGUACAUGUCUGAGUUUGACCUGGUGAACACGAUUGGAGAGGCGGCUGCUCUGGGGGCGGCUGGAGUUGUGUCCUGGGGAGACAUGAACAUCACUGACAAUGAGGACUCUUGUUUUGAUGCUCGCCGUCACUUGGAUCAGGUGAUGAACCAGUACAUCCUAAACAUCUCCACAGCAACGCAGCUGUGCAGUGAGGCCCUGUGCCAGAGCCGGGGCCGUUGCGUCAGGAAACAGUGGGACAGUGACCUGUACCUCCAUCUGGAUCACAGGAGGUAUCGCAUAGACAGGCAGAGGAGAGGGGGCCCUCUGGUGGUGAGAGGGAGACUGUCCCAGGACGAUGUAGACUACUAUGACAGGUGGUUUGACUGUAUAUGCUACACAGAGGAGUCCUGUAGAUCUCCCAUAAUUCUAAACAUUAUCAAUGAGGCUUUUGUUACAAAACCAGAAAACUCCGCAGAGGCACAGGUGACCAGUGUGUAUGUACUACUGAUGAUAGGGCUAAUGUGGAACUUUGCAUGAAAAAUCAUAUAAGCAUAUCUACUAAACUUGUGAUUACUUUUCCUACAGCAUACUUUCACUCCUUCUUUAGUCAUAUUUUUUUUAUUGAAUUAACAGUGCACCAACUUGAGUAAAGGUUUUGGUUAUUUUUCCCACUGUGAGUAACUCUACAAGUGACAAUCGCUAUAUCUUGAUAAUAUGAAAUGAUUUGAACAAUUGUUUUUCUUGCACUGCUCCUUGAGAUAUUAUUUUGCAUUUUUCUGUCUAUCUUUUGAAAUUCUAUGUAUAAAUUCCUGCUUUGUCCUUCCAAUUACAUUAACUGUAAUUUAUAAAUCAGAAGUUACGUCCCCACUGUUAAACUUAAUAAUAUCAUGGAUCACUGUUUUAUACUUCUACUUCAGUAAUAUUAUUUUGAAGUAACAUUACGCUUACUUUGGUACAGUUUUUGGCUUGUCUACCCACCUCUACUUGUGAUUUAAAAAGCUUCCUAUAAGCUGUAAAAUACACUAUAUAUUUUGUACUUUGUACUAUUUCUUGAUAUAACUUUUGUGAAUCCAUUAGGUACAGUUAGUUCAUAUAAAUGCAAUAUGAAUUAGGAAAAACAAUUCAUUAGUACUUAGGCAUGGGUGUGAGUUUUAUUUAAAGUCUGCUGUUAGUCAAUUUUGUUGUUUCUGCUUUUAUUAUAAUCCCAUGUAUUGUUU